AUGGAAAUUAUACAUACAAAGAAAGAAGCUGAUCGUAAACAAAAUCGAAAAGUUAUGGAGCGAUUAAUUGACGUUGUAAUUUGUUUAUCAAAGUGUGGAAAACCAUUACGAGGACACGAUGAGUCAGAAAAAAGUCUUCAAAAAGGACUUUAUCUUGAGAUAGUCCAAUUAUUAACCAAAUAUGAUCCUGUACUAAAAAAUCAUUUUGAAAAUGGUCCAAAAAAUGCUAGAUAUACAAGUAGUUCCAUUCAAAAUGACUUAAUUUUUUCCAUUCAAAAUGUUGUCAAACGGUCAAUAAAAGAAAAAUUUAAUCAAAAAUAUAUUUCAAUCAUUGCAGAUGAAACGAGUGAUGUUGGGCACCAUSAACAAAUUUCUAUAAUCUUUCGUUAUUUUGAUAAUUCAACAAAAAGACCAGUUGAAGUAUUUGUUGGUUUAAGAAGACUUCAUUCUGUCAAAGCAGAAUCAAUAUUUUCUGUUCUUGAUGAUAUAAUGAUAGAAUACAACCAAAACUGGAACUCUGUACUAGCUGUUUGCUUUGAUGGGGCAUCAACAAUGUCUGGUCACAUCUCUGGGGUACAAGCUCGUUGUAAACAAAAGAAUAACAAAAUAAUUUAUGUACAUUGUUAUGGMCAUUGUUUGAAUCUUGCAUUAAUAGAUUCAAUUUCAAAAAAAAAUGGAUCUCAGAUUAAUAACAGAAUUAUAUUUGACUUCUUAGGAACUGUACAGUUUGCAUAUACGUUCAUUGAAGCAUUAGAAGAAAUUUGUGAUAGUACUCAAUUUUGUGAAUACAGAGCCAAAGGUYUUGGACUCUUAAGUCAAAUGAAAAGUUUUAAUUUUGUUUUUGCCUUAUUUACAAWGGAGCCUAUUUUACAAAUAAUUCUAAAAGUGAGUUCAGCUCUUCAAUCUCCAGUUUUAGAUUUAGUAUCAGCUGUUGAGUUGAUUAAAAAUUUGAAAUCAGCAAUUGUCAGAAUAAGAAACAAUCCUGAAGAGUAUGAAGAAGUUUACAGACAAACAAUUGAUAUGUGCAAUAAACAUGAAAUUACCAUUCCAGAGGUWAAAAAAAGAAAAGUUUCUGUGAAAAUUGAUACAAACAAAACCACUCAAUAUUUUACAGAAACAAUUUAUGAUGAAAUGAAGAUCAAUGUAUUUUUCUUAUUGCUAGAUGAUUUAAUUGGAGAAAUUGAUAAAAGAUUUUUAACAAAAACAUUAGACAUUAUAGGUGCUGUAGGUAAUCUAAUUAAGUUAAAUCUGAGUAAAUAUGAUUACACUAUGUUAGCAGAUUAUUUCAAAAUAAAUGUAACCGAAUUAACAACAGAAGUAAAAUUAUUAAAAGAAGCUGAAAAUAUUCCAUCUGGAACAUGUUCACAUACUGUCUAUAAAUGGUUAGAUUGGUUGGCCAUUUCAAAUCGACAAGAUGUAUUUAACAGUUUCAAUCAAGUAUUAUCAAUGUUUGUAGUGAUACCCGUAACUAGUUGUGGAUGUGAGCGUAUUUUUUCAAAAAUGACUAUUGUUAAGUCUAAGUUAAGGUCCACUAUGUCUCAAGAUCGCUUAGAAUCUCUCUUAUUUUUAUUUGUGGAGCAGGAAUUAACUAACUCAGUKGACAUAAAUAAUGUAAUUGAAGAGUUCAAAGUUAUGACUCCUAACCAAAGAAGACUAAUUUUAUAA